CACCGUCCACCACGGCCGCGUACUGGCAGUGAAGUUUAAUCCAGGGUCAUAUCCGCGACCAGUCUACGCGACCAUUCAUCAUGGCGAGCUCCGUGGAAAGGCAGCUAGUUGUCUUUGACUUUGACUGGUGCGUCCCGGGCUCUCUGAAAACCGUCUCUCAAAGAUACAUCCACCCACAGGUCCAUGGCGGACCAGGACUCUGAUCGAUGGGUCUUCGAGGUCCUCGCCCCAGACUUGCGUAGAAAAAUGAAGAAUUUGAAGAAGGAGACUCAAUGGACAGACCUGGUGUAAGAUGUUCACGGCUGCGGACGUCAAGCUUCUCACAAUCUUGACAAAAGCGCACAAACAUUGCGGGAACUACAUGAACGAGGAGGUACCCGGGAGCAAAUUGAAGCUGCUCUGCGGAAGAUGCCUUUCCACCCCGCCAUGGCCCGUGGGGUCACGGAUUUGAAGGCAAGAUCCACCCCGAAGACCACAUUUCUGUGCCUUUCCAACGCGAACAUCGUCUUCAUCACGACAAUUCUCAAGGCUCAGAGAUUGGAGACAGUCUUCGAAGAAAUCGUCACAAACCCCGCAGAGUGGGACCCUUCGGGCCUGCUCAAACUCCGACGAAGAGUCGACCCAAACGGCCCCCAGCACCAAUGUAAAGUGGGCUGCAGUCCCAACAUGUGUAAAGGGGAGGAGCUAGAGGCCUUCCUGCAGCGCCACCAGCCUAGCUUUGACCGCGUCAUCUACGUGGGAGAUGGGUCCAACGACCUAUGCCCGGUUCUGCGGCUGAGGAGCCAAGAUAUGGUUCUCUGCAGGAGGCACCGCGCGCUGGAAAAGCUUAUCGCUGGUUACGAAGAGGAAGGCCGUCUCAAAUGCCAGGUCCGAUAUUGGGCCGGUGCUUGGGAAGUCGAGGAGAUUUUCAACCAACUGUAACUCUUCAACGUAUGCAAGAGGGGGCGCCGACGUCACACAGUAGACCGAGGCCUGUGCACUCACAGCUGACUCACGGAGAUUA